GAUUCUCCUUCAACAUUUUAAGUUUGGUAUUCCUCACUGCAAAAAUGUCGACAGCUCAAAACCAGAUUCGAACAAUGACUUUGUGAAUACUUUUAGCGACAUUCAUCGUGAAAUCUUUCAAGUGCAAGAGUUCACCAGCGCAGUCACAUUGAAACUGAAAGCUGUUUGAAUCCGGAAGUGCUGAGUGUGAUCAUGGCUUCCAGACAGCAGCUCCUGAGACUAACCGAGGAGACAAUUUGUCCCAUUUGUCUGGAUUUCUUCACCGAUCCGGUUACACUGGAUUGUGGACACAACUUCUGCCGCUCCUGUAUCACCCAGAGUUGGGAAAAGAAGGAGAUAAACUCCUGCCCGCAAUGUAGAGAGAAGUUUCCGGAAAGAAACCUCAGGGUAAAUCGGGCCUUAGCGAAUCUGGCCGAGGAGGCUCGAAAAUUAAAGCUGGAUCCGAAAGAGAAGGAAAGUAAACCUCGCUGUGAGAAACAUCAGAGAGAACUGGAGUUGUUUUGUGAAACUGACAGGAAAUUGAUCUGUCUGAUUUGUAGAGAUUCGAGGGAACACAGAGAGCACCGCUUCCUGCCGAUCAAUGAGGCUGUUGAAAUCUACAAGGAUCAGAUGAAAUCCUCCAUAGAAUCUCUCACAGAGAAGAAAUCGGCAGCUUUAAAGACAGAACUGACCCAGAAACGGAAGAUUUCCGAAGUGAGGGAACAGGCGAGCAGUCUGCAGACCCACAUCACAUCCGAGUUCACUAAAAUGCACCAGAUUCUCACUGAGAAAGAGCAGCGUUUACUCAGGGAUCUCAGGGAAGAAGAGGAGAGGGUUGUAGAACCAAUGGAGAAAAACCUUCGAGAGAUUCAGGAAAAUUUAAAUUCUAUUGAGGAGAAACUCUCAAUUGUACAGAAACAGAUGGAACAAAAAGACGAGCUGAUAUUUCUGAAGGAGGAAGCUUGUCAGAAGAGAAGGAUUAGUGAUAAUCAUCAGGAUCUCUCAAUAGCAGAUUUUGCGCUGCCUAUUGGAAAGUUCACCGGCCCUUUACAGCUUACAGUCUGGAGACAAAUGAUACACACCAUUCACCCAGCUCCAGCCUCUCUGACUCUGGAUCCGAACACAGCGAAUCCCUGGCUCAUCCUGUCUGAGGACCGGACCAGUGUGAGACUCGGAGACAAACGGCAGCCGCUCCCUGACUCACCAGAGAGGUUUAAUUCCCGGCUCUGUGUCCUGGGAUCAGAGGGAUUCACAUCAGGGAGACAUUACUGGGAGGUGGAGGUGGGGGAGAAGAGUCGAUGGGGUCUGGGAGUGGCCCGAGAGUCUGUGAAGAGGAAAGGGGGAAUCGAACUAGAACCGGAGACCGGAUUUUGCAUUGUGUGGUUGACAUCAGUAAAUUAUUAUCUUGCUGCCACGUCCCCUGCGUGGACCCCCCUCUCCCCGAGUGUGAAUCCCCGGAAGAUCGGGGUUUUCCUGGACUAUGAAGAUGGACAGGUGUCAUUUUACAAUGCGGACACCAUGUCCCAUUUCCACACUUUCACCCACACUUUCACUGAGAGGAUCUUUCCAUUCUUCUGUCCGGGAUGGAAUAUUGGCGGGAAAAACUCCACCCCUCUGACAAUCUGCGGGAUUAAAGGACACUGACAGAUCCAUCCCAUAAUUUCACCCAGUCCCCCUGCCUCCUGCCAGCUGUAAACUGAUGGGGGUCGGUCUCAGUCUGAGGGAAAGAAGGAGGGGGAGAGAGAAACAAAUAGAAAUUCAAUUGUAGAUAGGGACUGACUGGGUAGAGUGAGCUGUGAAGGAAAAUAAUAUAAAUUUGUGAGGGAUUGAAACUUGUGUGUUUUUGCAGACUUCUCGUUGAAAUGGAUUAUUUAAAUAUCUAUAAUGGGAUGAGACUGUUGCAACAACUGAAUUGAUAAACUGUUCACAGUGAAUGUGAUGUGUGAACUGAUCAUUUGUGUACAUCAUUAGCAAAUAAUGUUUAACCACACAAACAGUUCAGAUAAAGUACAUAAGAAUA